AUGCUUGGCUUCCGCCCGACUCUCCGUUCAAGUGGAAAUGGCAAAAACCUCUUCGACGAUUUGUUGCGGCUCAAUUCCGCUGUUAACUCCGGCGAGUUCGAUCUUGAUCGUAUUAAGCUACUCGUAAGGGCAGCCAUCACCGACAUUCCCGACGAUACAGUUAUCUGGAAUCAUCUCUACGAAGCUGUUACAGAAUCCACCCCGCCUCCCCGACCAAUACCUUCGUCGAUCCAACAAACGCCGUUGAGUCAGAACACGAGCGGCCUGGUUAUCUCAUCAGAGUUCCGCCAGGAUGUGGACCCGAUCCUUAAGUCGGAGCUCGGGCCACUCUAUGCUGGACUUCCUAAUUUUCACAAAGUUUUCUUUGGAGACGUGUCGGACCUCGACAGGGUUUCUGAGACCGUUUUUCGCCGGUGUACUGAAGGCGAUCAUCUACUAUUUACUGACGGUUGGACUGAAUGGCCAGCAACCGCCAAGGAGAGCGACGUGGUGGCUUGGUUUGGUGGCAUAAUCCCGAAGCUGGAAGCCUUCGCAAGCGACCGCAUUCCGACUCCAACGACUCGGCGAAAACUGUUGGCGCAACCCAGGACUCCCUUGAUUAGCUCCACAGGCAAACGCAGCAUGGAUAUCGGCUUUGUUAACAGUGAUAUCAUAUAUAACCUUGACUCUGAAGAUUCGAGAUAUCGUUGGUCAUAUAUCCUCGUUGCUGGCGAACUGAAAAGCAACCCGAAGGCGGAUACCGCGUCGAUUGUAUGGAUUGAUCUUGCAAGGUACGUGAGAGAGAUUUUCGGCGCCCAGGAGGACCGUCGCUUCGUACUGGGCUUCACUCUCUGCGGGUCUCUCAUGAGAGUAUGGGAGUUCGACCGGCUUGGGGGGGUCGCCUCCGAGCAAUUUGAUAUUAACAAGGAGGAUGGUGGACUACGGUUUGUGAUGACAAUCCUGGGAUUUCUACGGAUGAAUGAGGAGAUGCUCGGGUUUGACCCCACUAUUAGAGCAUCCGGCGAUGAGAAAUAUAUCGAUAUUGAACGAAACGACUGA